AUGGCGAAGGAUACCGUACGGACGCAGCGAUACGUCCAGAAGUUCUAUCAGAUGCGGACACAGCUGCAGGCCGUCGGGCUCCGGAUACAGACACUCAGGAGCAACCAGCAGAUGGCGGACGCGAUGCGCGGCGCGACUCGUGCAAUGGGCAUGAUGAAUCACGGCGUGAAUCUCCCGCAAAUACAACGGAUCAUGAACGAGGUUGAGCGAGAGAGCACGACGAUGGUCAUGAAGGAAGAGAUGAUGUCCGAUGUGGUCGACGACGAGCUCGAGGACGAGGACGCAGAGAGCAACACGAUCCUCAAGCAGGUGCUCGACGAGAUCGGUGUCGACCUCUUGCAGCAGCAUGGGGCCCUCAAGUCGAACGUGAGGUAG